CCGCUGCAGUCGCACUAGGAAAACAGCUGUGGCGAGGCUAAGGCUAGUUAGCAUCGUUUGUGUUUGUGUGUCCGCGAUUCGAGUCACUUCUUAAGCAACCCGUACCACCGCGGAGUGACCGACUUGUUGUCUGUCAUCUCUUUUAAAGAUGAAGUUUCAGUACAAAGAAGAGCAUCCCUUUGAGAAGAGGCGGUCCGAAGGCGAGAAAAUAAGAAAGAAGUAUCCGGACAGGGUGCCAGUAAUUGUGGAGAAAGCACCCAAAGCCAGAAUAGGAGAUCUGGACAAGAAGAAGUACCUUGUCCCCUCUGACCUGACGGUGGGACAGUUUUACUUCCUCAUCCGGAAAAGAAUCCACUUGCGAGCUGAGGAUGCGCUCUUCUUCUUUGUAAACAACGUCAUUCCACCCACCUCAGCUACCAUGGGAUUGUUGUACCAGGAGCAUCAUGAAGAGGACUUUUUCCUCUACAUUGCCUACAGUGAUGAGAGUGUGUAUGGGGACAGCCAAAGGGAAAUCUGAUCCCACUUCAACCACUACCCACCUUUCUGAGACCUCCACAUCCAUUCAUUCAUUUAAAUAUUAAAUCCAGCUCAGCAGCCUACAGUUCCCAGAGUGAAUAUGUCAAAUGCACUUUCACCACCCAUACAUUACCCCUCUUGCAUCCAAUUCUGUCUUUAUUACUCUGCAGUCUGAAUUGUAUUUGUCUCCCACUUUUCUUUUCAACAGUAACUAAGUGGUCUCAUGGCCAGUUCAAUUUCUAGUGUCAAACCGAUUGUACUUUACUUAAAAACAAUGAGAGAGAUUAAUGAAAUAAUACUAGAAAUAGGCCUUUUUUUUUUUCUUUUUUUUUCCAUUUGUGUUAGUUUGAGCUUAGGCUGAGAAAUGAAAGGGAAAGAGAACUCUUUCACUAGGAAAAAACAAACUAAAGUGGCAAAAUUUAUUUAAAGCAUGUUAAGGAGAAUUUAGCUUGCUGCCCUGCAUUGGACCUUAGCAAGGAGUAUAAUAGAAUUCAGACUAAAUUAUCAUCCUCUGCUUUAAGUGGUAAGACUAUUAUGUUGACUGCUAAUGAUUAUUGUUGUUAUUGUUGUUAAUUUUUAGAUGGCUUACUUUCUAAGGGUUGUGUAAAGCUGAGUGCAAUUUUUUUUCUUCUCUUUUUUUUAAGGGUUUGUUUUUUUUUUUUUGUAAGAAAAAAAAAAUUACAAUUUGAACUCUGUAUACAGCUGCGUUACUGGCUCUUUCUCUCUAUUCAUGACCAUACAUAAUAAAAUGUGAUGAAAUACUA